GACCGACCUGACCCGGUUCGACUGCCGUUCUCUCAGCCAGGAAACACAGUGAGAGAGCUAGUCGCCAUACCCAAUCGGAAGUCGGAACAAGUGAACAACUGAUGCGUUGUAUUUGUAUACAAUCGGAAGUCGCUAAUCCUGCGGAAAGCGAAUUGUCGAUCCAGGAACCCCCAUUCAGAAAGUAGAAUCCCCGCUCGAUUCAACCUCGUUCUUGUAAGUCUGCUAAUUCCUUGACUCGCGAAUCGCAAUCUCGAUCGUCCGUUGCCCAACCGCUUAAUCGAUCUCUUGGGUUGCUGAUUCUAAAUUUCUAUUUGUCCAAUUUCCCGCAGGAAGCAGCCAUCCCAGACCGGGGCCCAGUUAGGAACUCGUAUUCCCUCAUGUCAGGGCCGAAUGAGGAUAGUACUUCUCCUCAUACACAGCUGUCGUCCCAAUUGCUUGGGAACCUGCUGGAUUCCAUAAUAGCAGAUGUGGCGUCUGAGUGUCAUAGGAUAGCAAAGCUAGGGCUAGAUCGCAACCUGGAGGAAGAGGAAGAAGAGUUGAAGCUGUCAGCUGAAGCCCGGGCGUGUGUAGCUGAUGCCGCGGCUGAAACGAAUGGCAAGUAUGUGAUGGAUAUCUUUGGACAGACGCAUCCACCUAUUGCUAAUGAUGUAUUCGAUUGCAUGAAUUGUGGGCGAUCUGUUGCUGCUGGGAGGUUUGCUCCUCAUUUAGAAAAGUGCAUGGGAAAGGGCAGGAAGGCGCGCAAGGCAACAAGAAAUAGCACGGCAAACCAGAACCGAUAUUCACGAGGCAGCCCUGCUUCGACGUACUCUCCUUACUUAAACUCCACCACCACUUCCAACCAGUUGCCAAAUGGGGCGACUGGUAUUGCAGGUGAAGGUUACUCCAAUGGUUCAUUUGAGGAGAAAUGAACAUAUAUAAUCUGAUCAUGUCAGGGGCAACCUUCAGUCACAAGGAAGGAACUAACUCAAUCAAGUAAGGUGAACCUCUGUGCUGUCCUUUAUUUUGUCCAUGAAUCAUGCAGAUGAGAGUAGCAUUGUUAACUGAUCGAACAUAUUCCAACUCUCAUUUAAGUUAUUUCUAACUCCAAUAUAUGGGGAACAGAUGAAUGAAUGAGAAAGAAAGUUCCUUGUACAGCUGAAAUUUGUUUGUAAAACAUGAGUUGCCUCACAUUAAAUGCUGAAAAUGAAA